UCGCCGCUGCGGCUGCGAUGGCGGUAUUGCAUUGCACGGUGUGCUAGAUUGCGUGUGAUCUUGCAAUUUAAAGAGGAUAAAGUUGAAUUAUAAGAUUCUUUUCAACCAUUUUGACGAGGCUGGACUGAUAACAAGAAAAGGAACGUAUACCUGUUCUGAUUUAUUAAGGACGCUGGUGUGUGGAAAUGGGACCUGAUAAUCGACUUGCACAAAAUGAGGCUAUGCCAAAGGUUGACAUACUAAAAGACGCGGGAAAGCUCAAGUCCACAGAUAUAGUUUAUAUGAAACGCUUGGAAGAGCAGAACUUGCAAAGGGGGAUAAGAGUACAGGGAUAUCGUAAAGCUAAUAAUCGUACCGCUAUCGGUUUAGGCCUCCUAGUUAUUGGAAUUUACGCUUAUACAAUAUACUCGGUUAAGCAGGAAAAAUUCUUAGACGACUUUGAAAUGCCGGAAAAGACGAUUGAGAAGGCUGCUUGAAACGUUACCUUGUUUAGAAAUGUGAAUAAAGAAGUUUACGGCUUA